AUGAGUCAAAACCGGCAGCUGCUUUACCCCAGAGAGGAAAUGGUGUCACUCGUCCGCUCGCUCGACCGACCACAAGAAAAUGGACUUUUUUCACAGGAUGUGUUAUUGCAGUACCCGGAACUUGCAGAAAGCUACACGAAGGUGUGUCCAAACCGAUGUGAUCUAGCGACGGCUGCUGACCGCGCGGCGAAGGGUGCAUACGGAUAUGAUGUGCAGCUGACGACAUUAAAGGAAGACAUCAGGUUGAUGGUUAACAACUGCAUCCUUUUUAACGGCGCGGAGGGGGCCUAUGCAGAUGCCGCACGAACCUUUGAGAAGUUUGCAAUGGGCAAAAUAGAUGCAUAUAUUUCGCAGAAAGUGGGUGGCAGGCGCCUUUCCUCUUUCCGUGUGGCGUCAGUGUCGGUCCCAGAGAAACAUUCUACAGGCAAACGCGGUCGUGACGGGGAAUCAAGGGAAAGAGGGCCGGAAGCUGUGGAUAACGACUCCUCGAGGCGGCAACCGGGUCGGGGGAAUGGUAUUGCUACCAGCGAGGACGAUAGCAAUAGAAGAAGCGCGGAAUUGAUCAAACUCGUCGAUUCAUUGAAUCGACGUGAGGAUGAUGGCGCCUUUGCCGUCGAUGUAGCGGAGGCGUACCCAGAGUUGAAAAGCGCCUACGAGGCUAUGUGCCCCCUGAAGAUGAACCUUAUCAUCAUGAAGGAACGUGCACAGAACGGGUACUACUUGGGGCAGCAACAUAGACGACGACGAACCGGGGACGACCCCACACUUUACAUGGGGAGUAGUAUAGCGGAAUCACUGACAUCACUGCGGGAUGAUGUGGAACUGAUGGUGAGGAACUGUGUGAACUUCAAUGCGGGGGUGGUGGAGUGGGAACGACGGGCGGCGUCCUUUCAUCAUUUUGCACACAAAAAGAUUGAUGAUUUCGUGCUCCGUAUUGAUCCUUCCCUCAGGGGAACACGAACUGGUGUUGAGGUGUACGUACAGGAAGCAAAGAAAAUGCAGCAAAGUCAGUUAAAACAGAAGAUUGAAGGCAGUGAGCGCAGUAAUCGAGGGGAUGUCGGGGCACCGGAAAACGUGGCGCAAAGCAUUUCUCCUCCCUCCCACACAACUGCGACGCCCAUGAACCCACCAAGGAAGGCCACGAUACCAGGAACAGCAAGAAUUCCCACCUUGUCCGCUCAUGUUAACGUUGUCAAUACGGUUACCCCCAUAGUUCAGCCCACAGCUCUUCAACCGGUGUUUAACACACCGAGUACACUGCGCCGCAGACUGAUAUCAGACCAUUUGCAUAGGGAAACGCUACAUGCACGACUUAUCCACAGGUUGGAAAAUGACAAGAGCGGCACGAAUGGGGUCCCAGAGAUUGACAGGAGUGGUGACGCCCCACAAAUGUAUGAGCCAGCGCUCAGCUGCCGCGCGGUACUCGAUGCGUUUAUCAUUUCUGUGCGUGGCUUCCACAAGGCACAACGCGAAUCUCAGGAUUUUGUCAACCCCUUCAUGUACGCUCAGCAAGAGGAAAAUCUUUACUGUGACUACGUCACCCUUAUUAAGCAACAACUCGAGCGGCUUUUCCUCCACAUUGUCCUCUACAAUCGGGAAAAGGCGGAGAUGUACGAUUGGGCGGCAGCAAAGGCUGCUCAGAUGGCCGUAGCCGAUGCCUCCCUGUUGCCCACUGCACCUGCGGUGAGUAGUCACGUCUCCUGCUGCUGGCUUGAUGAGGCCCAUUUGUGUUACCUCGUCCGCUUCCUGCAGCACCUUCCGCAGCUCUUGGGGCUCGCGUGCGCGGAGGUCGACACGGCAAAGAGCGAUGGAACCGGAAAUGCGCAAUUGUACCUUACCACUGUGGAACAAGGUGUUGUUGGGAAAAUUGCGAAAAUUACGGAAGAGCUCCUGUCUUUCAUUGCGCGGUAUGAAGAGAAAAUAACCGCCUCCCGUCAGAAUUCGGAAUCACUAAAAGAACAAGCUGAGGCUCCCGCCUUGUGA